AUGAUGCGAACUGCCUCUGGAUCGACCGCUGCUACCUCGGUCGGAAGCGAAAGUAAACAUGACUCCAUCACCGCCUUGUGUGCUUUAGACAUUCCUACAGUCAAGAUAGGAUCUCAAGAGGAUCCCUUCAUCGUCAUCAACAACAUUCAACAAAGAGCUUCUCUUACUAAACUCACUGGAAUGACGCUCGAAAAGUUUACCCAAUGGGAUGAGUCACCAUCGAGACGUGGCCGGCUGUUUUUUUACAGUGCUGAGCACGAGGUACUCAUUAUUAAACUUCCUCUAUCUGAGAUACAUGAAUACCUCCAUCGGACUCUUGAUAAAGAGAUCACCCGCCAAAUGAGUGAAGAUCUUUAUGGGGAGAUUUCUGCAUAUGGGUCAGCAACAUACUAUAUGAGGAAAAGCGGAAUGGUAACUGCUGCUGGGGAGGGAGACUCAAGCCUUGGGUUGAAAGAUAGGAGAAAGAAUGAUCGCUGGCCUACCGUCGUCAUAGAAGCGGGCUGGUCGCAGAGCAGAGCUGCCUUAGUUGCUAAGGCACAUUGGUGGUUUGAAGCUUCCAACCGGGCAGUCAAGAUUGUACUUUUGAUCAUUGCAUCCCCGCUGCAGAUCCAAGUUGAGAAGUGGAAGACCAAUCCUUUGCCACACAGCUCCGCAGUAGCACCAAAUCGACCUAACACCCGGCUCUUCCAGAGACAAGCGACUAACCUAUACCCGAAAGUCCAUCCGCCUGUUCUGACAGUCAACCGAGCCUCAGCUAACACCCCUUCCAACGACUACAGGGUGACUAGUAGUCCCUUGCGGCUGGAGUUCCGUGAUGUAUUUCUCCGGGACCCAGUGCCACCUGAAGGAGAUGUCUUGCUGGAGGAGAGGUUCUUUCGGAGCUACGCGGAAGAAGCUUGGGAGAAUGUUCUAGAUCAGUAG